GCGGAGCUCGAGAACGCGCGCCCCUUUCAGUUCAGACCUCAGCACUGACCCGGCAGCCUGCUGCUCAAGUCCGGCAGCAGUGACAAGCAACAAGCAACAGGCAACAAGCAACAGGCAACAAUGUCUCAGAAGCCGAACUACAAAGUUGCGGACAUUUCUCUGGCGGAGUGGGGACGCAAGGCCCUCGACAUCGCUGAGAAUGAGAUGCCGGGCCUCAUGAAGAUGCGCCAGAUGUACGGCAAGUCCAAGCCGCUGACCGGCGCCCGCAUCUCUGGCUGCCUCCACAUGACGGUGCAGACGGCCGUUCUAAUCGAGACGCUUGUGGAGCUGGGUGCCAAGGUGAUGUGGUCGAGCUGCAACAUCUUCUCCACGCAGGACCACGCCGCCGCUGCCAUCGCCAAGGCCGGCAUCCCUGUGUUCGCGUGGAAGGGCGAGACGGACGAGGAGUACGUGUGGUGCAUCGAGCAGACGCUCAUUUUCCCCGACGGGAAGCCGCUCAACAUGAUCCUGGACGAUGGAGGGGACCUCACCAACCUCGUGCACACAAAGCACCCCGAACUGCUGAAAGGCAUUCGCGGCGUGUCUGAGGAGACGACCACGGGCGUGCACAACCUCUACAAGAUGCUCAAGAACAAUGAGCUCAAGAUCCCAGCCAUCAACGUCAACGACUCCGUCACCAAGAGCAAGUUCGACAACCUGUACGGGUGCCGCGAGUCACUGAUCGACGGCAUCAAGCGCGCCACAGACGUGAUGAUCGCCGGAAAGGUGGCAGUGGUGGCCGGCUACGGCGACGUGGGCAAGGGCUCCGCGCAGUCGCUGCGCUCGUUCGGGGCACGUGUCAUCAUCACCGAGAUCGACCCCAUCAACGCGCUGCAGGCCGCCAUGGAGGGCUACGAGGUGACGACGAUGGACGAAGCCUGUAAGGAGGCCAACAUUUUCGUGACAACGACCGGAUGCAAGGACAUCAUCACGGGCAGGCAUUUUGAGCAGAUGAAGGAGGACUCCAUUGUGUGCAACAUCGGUCACUUUGAUUGCGAGCUGGACGUCAAGUGGCUCAAUGACCACGCGGCCGAGAAGAUCAACAUCAAGCCACAGGUUGACCGCUACCGCUUGAAGAACGGGCGUCACGUGAUCCUGCUGGCAGAGGGGCGGCUUGUGAACCUGGGCUGCGCCAUGGGCCACCCGAGCUUUGUGAUGAGCAACUCCUUCACCAACCAGGUGCUGGCACAGAUCGAGCUGUGGAAGCACACUGACAAGUAUCCGCUCGGCGUCCACUUCCUGCCCAAGAAGCUGGAUGAAGCCGUGGCGGAGGCUCACUUGCACCAGCUGGGUGUGAAGCUCACCAAGCUGUCGGAAGAUCAGGCUUCCUACCUCAGCAUUCCACGUGAAGGGCCGUUCAAGCCUGACCACUACCGAUAUUGAAAGCUGUGCCCCGUAUCCCACUCUCUCGCCCCAAACCCCCCCAUGCUGCCCUGCCAUGCCCAGGGUUGCACUAGACCUAACGACAACUGGGCAUGUUUCCUAUAAGCUACCGGUUCCCAGAGUUUGAGACAUUUCAUUCAGCACGCAACUUGCAUUGCCCCCCGACUUGUGGCUGUGUUCGUGAGGUUUAAAUGGUAAAAGAAAUGAAACUCAUAAAAAUAGAAAUCUUGAACUCAAUUGCCAACGGUUUGUCGGAAAGUCUAACCGAAAGACGAGGCCGAAUGCGUGCGCGGCCCUCAUCUCGAUUCUGACACUCGAUGUCUCCCCACCGGAGUGCUCUCGUGACGUCGCUGUGGCGACUUCCUAGAAGCACAGCAGUCACUGAUGCCGGGACAUUACUCGAGUGCGAUGGUGGUGCUCCUGAAAGUCACUUUAAAUGUAUUUUUGUCUCCGAAACGAAACUUCAAACCUCGCAGGAGACAGCCCUGACACACAGCCUAGCUACGAGAUUUGAGCUGUUCGAUGGGUUUGGGUUGUGUCCCUAUCGGCUUUUAAGUGCUGCUCAAUAUCCGAUGGCUCAGCCUAAUAUCUAUUUCACAGAGAAAAUGCCCAAUUUCCAUUUGGUCCAAUCCAGCCCUGAUCAUGUCGUGCCCUGUAGCAGCAACGAUAACAAUGCACCAAGCUCAUCCCCUCUCCCAAUACAACAGCACAGUGGUCCGCGUACACAGUGGUCAGAGAGAGAGAGAGUUGCUCACAAUGAUUCUCUUGGGUGGUUGAGUGUUAAAAAUCCUACAUUAAAACACAACAGGUACGUUGAUGUAUACAUGGGGCCACCCACAGAGUGGCCGAGUGGUUUGUCACAGCUGUUGCAUUCAUGUCAGUGGUUAUCCGGUACAUUUAAUUGACAUGGUUUACGUCGCAAACUUCACAGGUUUUUUUUUUAAUGUGGCUUGAAAAAAAUCUCGUGCAGUUUUCGACCAAACCCAGUUGCUCCCGCCUGGCCAAUGUGUUCAAAAGGAGUAAGGACUCAUUUGGUUUAAAAUUGAUCCUUGUGUACACGAUGCACGAAUUCCAUCUUGUUUAGGAGAAUCGAUCAUUUACAAUUUGCAGACGGAUAAAACGAAACAUCCUCUGUGUAAGAAGAUCUAUCUUGGGAUCUCACUUGGCCCAUCAUCGUUAAAAGUAUCUGCAGGUCAAUAAAAAUUAGUUCCGCUUUGUAGGACCAUCAUCAGUGUUCGUCCUAUGGGAUGGACUGUUACUCGUCCAUAGCAAGGUGGAAAUUCGACACCGCUGGAUCAGGACUCCCAAUGGAAUUGAACAAUCACCCCACACGGGCUUUGUUGGUUUCUCCACACGGGCAUCAAUCUCAUUUCAGAAGCCUCAUGUUUGCUCCAGUUAAUGCUGCUGAUGAAUUGGUUUGUAAUCGGUGAUGUUGGACAUUUUUAGGCAACUAAAGAUUGAAUAAGACGGCCGUGACCGAACCAUCUGUGUGUGUGCGUGGUGGGGAGCGGUGGUGUAGCAGUUAGUACACUCGUGGCCAACACUAGUGAUGAUUAUCUGAACCAUACCUGGGCCUCCCCUAGGUCGACUCGGCCUCAAAUGAGUACCUGGUGCAGUGUGGAAACAUCGCCACUGGGAGACAAAGGUGGCUGGGUGUGGUCCUGGCGACCCACCCCCUCGAGAGCUGUGCCGACCUUCAUAGGUGCCAUCUAAUAACAUUUUCCCCAACAGUCUGUUAAGGCUCUACGGGGGAUCUUUGCCUUUUUUGCAUGUGUGGUAAGUUAUAAGCUAUCGCGCAGUGGUGUUGGUGUGCUGCACUAUGAAUCCAGCUGCCAUAAUUUGGAUCCCGUCGAGGUUGACUGUUAAUAGAGUACUUCGUGAGGUGUGUAAACAAAAGCACUGGGGAUACAAAGGCGGCCAGGCGUGGUAUUACACCACCCAGUUGUGCACCCAUGCCAGCUUCAAUAGACGCUCACUAACAGCGCUUUAUCCCAACAGUGAGACUUUUUGAGGAUUUCUUUGGUAAAUAAAUAACACCAUAAUUA